UCGCUGUCACCCACUCUUCUUCUACAUAGGAUGCUUCGGCGGCGCUCUCCUCGCUGUGAAGUGUGAACUCUCGCCAUAGGAUCUGUAGGAGCAGCUGGCGGAGGUUUGGUCGCGGCCACCGAGGAUAGCGAAAGAUGGCGAAGCAGAAAAUGCGCCGGAAGCCGGGAUCUGGGGCGGUCGCUGCUGCUUGAUGCAGCCGCAUCAGCUCGUACGUUGGUGAAAGAGAGCGCAAGCGGAGGGCUGGAAGCCAUCGGAUGGGUCUGGGAAUCAGGGCAGUAGAAGAAAGCCGCCGGAGGCGCGGUUUCCGCGGUGCUCGGGAAGCUUUGUUCUUGCUCCGGCGGCCACGGGCCAAAGCGAAGUUCAUGGGGAUGAAUGGAUGGGCUGGUAGCCUGGUACGGUGCAAAAUAAUAUGCAGGAACUCAGUAUGCAAAACAAUGUGGCAAACUAUGCGGUCUUGCACCAAAAUGAUUUUCAGUAAGCAGCCAUGGGCAACUAAGACUAAUUCCAUGGUGAAAGUGAAGAAAAAAAAGAAUGCAAGGAAUGCGUGUGAGCAUAUGCUCUCAGCUGAUGGCAAAACGCUGCGUAAAAGAUCAAGAGGCAGGAUAAAGCACAGGCAAGACAGAAGAGUAAAUUACCGCCAACAGAGGUGUCAGGAAGCUCUUCAACAGGUCCCUUGCCUAACCAUAUCUCCCGCCUCCGAGCCUCUACAUCAGACAUUAUAGGCAGGACAACAGUGUAGUCUGAAGGAACUUGCCUGGAAGAAUAGUUAGUAGACGAAGCCCCGAAG